UACCCACAUGAGGAGUUUUGGAGUGUUUUCAGGUUUAUUUUAUAUUUGAGAUGUUUAAAUGCUGUUGAACUCUGUUUUAACAGAAAUAAGAGACGCAGAAGAAUCCCCGAUAUGGUCUGAUUAAUCAUUUUUAUCUCAUUUUGUGUGUGUUAGCGGUUUAUUUGUAAUGAGUGUGAAUGUAAGGUGCGUUCAGUGACACCUGGUUUGUUAUAAACACAUGAUGAACAAAAGGUCAUUAACAAGAUCUUAAAUUCAUUUAUCAUAAAAAUCUCAGAAUGUAUUAGUGUUUCCACAACUUUGUAAAAGCAUCCAGAAACCUACAGUUUGCAAUGGGAUCCUUUAUAAUAAUAAAUUCAAGGACUAGUCUCAAGCACCUGUGCCCCCUACUUAGGCGGCCUCCUUAUCACCAGCAUACCCUGCAAAACCUUAAUAAUCACCCUUACUGCACCAAACGAGAGAGAAGACCAUCAGAGCAUCAUGCAACCAAACACACGGAGAGAACGUCCUUCCCAAAGUCAGUGUUUGCAGCCGGCAAUGCCAGAAGAACUGCUGAGAUUUUAAAGAAGAGAUCAGGAUCAGGUCAGGAUCAGGUCAACACUGGAUCACAGAAAGUUCGCACAGCUUUGAUAGCUGAGAUUCCUGAUCGUGUUCUGAGCACUUCAGAAUGGAGAGAUCUAAAAAGCAGGAUUUCCAGGCCGGAGCGAUUCGAGUUGAGGAUGAUAGAAGGAAUGCUGUCUGCUGACACUGACAUCAGCAUCGCGAAAUCUCUCCUCAACUACGUAGCUGCUGAAAACAAAACCUUGCCGUAUGAGCUCCUGCUCAAGUAUCUGGCACUGUGUGUUUCCGGUGGCCAUCAUUCAGAGGUUUCAGAUGUUUACGACAUCAUGAAGAGCUGCUAUAAGACUCUGGACACUGGAGCAUACAGUUUGUUUGUGAAAGGCCUGAGUCAGACCGAGCGCUGGAGGGAAGCCCUGAUCAUCCUGGAAGACUUGAAGAAGGUUAUCGCCCCAUCAUCCAGGAAUUAUGGGGAUGCUGUUACCGGGGCUGUUCUUCAUGGAGACAGGGAGACUGCUUGGAGUCUGUAUGGUGAACUGAUGGAUCAGGGACUGACACCCAAUCAGGAAACAUGGCGGUGUUUGUUUGAAAGUGGUGUGAGUCAGCGUGCACACACAGACCAACUCCUGGCCAUCCUGAACUACAUGAGAGAAAACCAGAUUUACCCGGAGGAGAAGCUGAGCAGGAGCAUUAAAGCGUGGUUUGAAAGUUUACCAGAUGAGAACUGGAGAGGAACCUUUACUUCUGUGGAUCCCCGGGGAGUGUGUCAGAGCUGUGGGACACAACUGGAGUCCAUCCAGCUGACGGACGAUGAAUACGUUCAGCUAAAACACAGAGUGAUGGAGGAUGUGAUUGAGGGUCAGGAUGUCUUCAAUAAGACCACACCGGAGGAGCUGGAAAGUUUUAAGAGUUUUGUGAAGAAAAGGCCUGCGUUUGAUGUCAUUAUUGACGGCCUGAAUGUGGCGAACAUCACACCCAAGUGUGUGAAAUCAGAGACGCUGUUAGCGGUGGUCUCGGAGCUUCAGGGACUGAACAUCCUGGUUCUGGGAAGAAAACACAUGCAGCAUCCGUCUCGAAACUGGAACAGACAUGACAUGAACCAGAUCAAACAGAAAGCACACUGUUUCUUCACCGAGAACAUCUCGGAGGACGACCCGUUCCUGCUCUACGCCGCACUGCACUCUGGGAACCACUGUAACUUUGUGAGCCGGGAUCUGAUGAGGGACCACAAGGCGUGUCUCCCAGACAGCGCCACCCGACGUCUCUUCUUCAAGUGGCAGCGAGGACAUCAGCUUGUGCUCAACAACUUCAUCCCGGGGAAAAAGAUUCGCUUUCAGAGGACGUCAGUCUAUGAUACAGUGGUCCAGAAUAGUGGAAGGACGUGGCACGUGCCCUACGAUGAGAAUGGAGGAGAACGGAGCACAUAUGAAGUUCCACAGAGGUGGCUGUGUCUCUGUAAUGAUGUGUAAAAUGUCUACAAACAAUAAAGAGGAAUAAAGAAAUAGA